AUGAAUCCGUGCAGAGCUCGACCGCCGGGUCAUUCCCCGCCGAGGGCUUCACCUUCCCAAACAGCGAGACGAUCGGAGACGACGAUGACGCCAGUGCAUUAUCCGCAAGAAUUCCUGCAGGCGCUGCCCAAGACCGACCUACACGUCCACCUGGAUGGUUCGCUACGCCUCGAGACGUUGAUCGAACUCGCUGCCGAACGCCAGGUCAAAUUGCCGUCUGAGACCCCCGAAGGGCUGCUCGAGCUGGUCUUCAAAGAGUCCUACCGCGACCUACCCGACUAUCUCCACGGCUUCGCCUACACCUGCGCGGUGAUGACCGAUGCCGAGGCCCUGGAGCGGGUGGCUUACGAGCUUGGCGAGGACUGCCUGGCCGAGGGCGUGCGCUAUAUCGAAGUGCGGUUCGCGCCGCAGCUGCAUGUGCGACCCGGCUUCGAUCUCGGCGAGGUGAUCGCGGCGGUCGACCGCGGCCUCGAUCGGGUCAGACGCGAGCACCUGAUGACGGAGGCGGUCAAAGACCAGGGCGAGCCGCCGUUUCGCUACGGCAUCAUCGCCUCGGCGAUGCGAAUGUUCACCGGCGGUUUCAGUCCGUACCACAAGAACCUGCUGCUGGCGCUCGAGCAAUGGCCGGCGAAAGAAGUCUAUGGUGUCGCCUCACUGUCGCUGGCACGCUCGGUGGUGGAGGCCCGCGAUCGUCUCGGCCUGCCUAUAGUCGGCUUCGACCUGGCCGGCGCCGAAGCCGGCCACCCGGCUUCUGACCACAUCGACGCCUAGUUCGCCCACCGCGCCUUCCUCAAGAAGACCGUCCACGCCGGCGAGGCUUACGGGCCGGAGAGCAUCUUCCAGGCCAUCACCCGGCUGAACGCCGACCGCAUUGGUCACGGCACGCAUCUGUUUUCGGUCGAACGGGUGCAGGGCGAGGACGACCCGGAGCGCUAUGUCCGCCAGCUCAGCGAGUUCAUCGCCAAUAGCCGCACCACGCUCGAAGUCUGCAUUACCUCCAACAUGCAGACCAUGCCCGAACUGCGGCGAGUCGAGGAUCAUCCCUUUGGUCGUAUGGUGCGCGACAAGCUGUCGGUGACCUUGUGUACCGACAACCGGCUAGUCUCCCGGACCACUGUCACAGACGAGAUCGACCUCGCCUGCCGAGCGUUCUCCUUGUCAACCAGAGAGUUGCGCAACGUCUUGAUCUACGGCUUCAAACGUAGCUUCUUCCCUGGCACCUACCGCGAGAAGCGCGCCUACGUUCGCCAGAUGAUCGACUUCUACGACAAGGUCGCCGCCCAGCACGAGCUAUCGACGCCAGCGCCCCCGGAAGUGGCUCCCGCUAAGUUGGUUUCUCUACUUGGUGAGUUGACCUUUGGAGGAGCUUGA